GGCUGCGCCGGGAUGACCGAAAUGCAUUUAUUGGCUAUACACAGCUUGAGGCUCAAAAACGUGUAUACCAUUGGGCGAAAUAAUACCUCUUAAUGACUCCCGCGGAGGCAGGGCAGAGUACGUACAUACAAGCCCUCUCAGCAUAACCUUGACUACAACCAAGCAUUCUACUAUUUAUUUUAUCCAAGAAUCUCUCCACAAUGGCAUACAUCCCACCCAAAGACAUCUCCUUCCGCCUCCGCAAUUGCUCAAGCAACUACGUCCUCUACUCGCGCGAUAAAAAUGACCCUACAUUCUACCACUACGGCGGCGACAUUGCCGACGACCAGUUCUGGUAUCUGAUCCCUGGCACAGGCGACCAUGCCGAUACCUACAUGUUCAAAAGCAAAGCCACUAAGAAGGUGAUAUACUCACGGAAGAGCAACGACCCCAAAGUCUUCCAUGUCGAUGGCGACGGCAAGUACAAUGAUAACUACUUCACCCUUGAAGCCGGCAGCGGCGAACAUAAGUCACAUUUCCGGCUGCUCAAUGCGGCCUCUGACACUGUUAUCUUCUCGCGGACGACGGCAGACCCGUACCUUGGUAAUGUUGCAUCCUCGUACCAAAAGUCCGAUGACCAGUACUGGAAGUACGAGUUUGAGGAUAUGGUGAUUGAUCGGAUAUCGUAUAAGAUUGAUUCUGGGCAGAUCGUUUCACAGACGCCUGAGACCAUCGGAUCUAAUACAUUGGUUAAUAACUCUGAUUCGGAACAGCAUGAUAACUGGCAUUUUGAGAAGACGUUCUCGACGACCCAUACCUGGGAAUUUACCAGUGGGUUCUCAAUUAAGCUUGGUGAGACGGCUGACUUUGGGGUUCCUGGUGUUGCAGAGGAUAAGGUUAGUGUUGAGGCAACGGAGACUGUGCAGUAUAAGACUGGGUCUUCGACUACGAGCACUACCACGCAGUGGAAGGAUGUGCCUGUUACUGCUAAGGCGCAUUCAAAGGUUACUGCGACGACUACUAUUACCCGUAGUAACCUUGCGGUUCCGUAUACUAUUUACCUCAAGUCGAAGGCGACUGGUGCGGAGGUUACUUCCAGUGGUAUUUACAAGGGGGUAGCGUUCUGGGAUACACGUACUCAGAUUGACUCGGAAAUUAUCUGAGCUACGCAGGAAGCACUUAGUCCUCUAUGAGAGUUUUCUCUUCCUAAGGUUUUGAGCAGAGAGUGGAGGCAAAUCAGGGAGAAUAUCAUUGGGCCAUUGUUUUGUCUGUAUCGGAAUCUGCUAAGUUAAGAAGUUCUUGUUCUUCUAAACACACCCUGGUCCUAAUACUAGUAUUGUAAGUAAAUGCGGUAAUGCUGUUGAAUCAUAUAGUAUAG